UAGAUGAUUACUGGUCUGGACUUAAACACUCUGAAGAAGCAGUCAAGGCUAAAAUCUGGUUGAUGGAGUGUCUGUCAUCCUUUGGAUCAAGAAAUUAGCUGUGCAGGCACAAGAGCCUUUCAGUCCUGUUAGGAUGAAGACCUACGUUUAUCAUCACUAAAGGAAAGGCAAUUUUAUCUCACAAUGCUUAAAAUGCUGGGUUAGUCAGACUUGAGUGGCAGUUCAAAGAGAACAGGGUUAAUCAUCGGAGGACGGUGUGCUGUCCCUCUCCUGGCACCAUCCCUCAGUCCUUCUCUUUUGUGUUUGACUAAAAUCUGAUACAUAUCAGGCUUUUUCAUUAGGGUGGGAGAGAAGUGAAAAGAGAAUGGAAUGGUUUCUGUGGGCAAAAAGGGGUGGGGAAGGAUGGUGUUCUUCCCUUAUCAGAUAUCUCGGGCUUCUCUUUGUUUAAGGACAAGGGCAGGAGAAGGCUCAUGUGCCGACAACGGUGGAGGAAUCUUCUCACCCAACCCGAGUUCUCCUAAAGCUGGAAUCAAGCAGCCUGUCUCUCUCAAAAGGACUGGCCUGUGUCAAGAAGACUGGUCUUUGGCUGACCGCACAACCUUCUGUAGCGUCCUUUCCCCACGUUCUGAGAUGGCAUCAGCACCACUGUCUCUGGUCCAAAGCCUAAAUGACAACUGCCACUACCAAUUCCGAAUCCUUCUGCUGGGGGAUUCCAUGGUGGGCAAAACAUCUUUGCUGAGGCGCUACAUGGAGAGAUGCUUUGUCCCAUCCCCAUGUCCCACUGUGGGAGUGGAGUUUUACAGCAAGGUGAUGGAGCUGCCCCCAGGCAUCAAGGUGAAGCUACAACUUUGGGACACAGCUGGACAAGAAAGAUUCAGGUGCAUCACUCGGUCCUUCUACCGGAAUGCAGUGGGAGUUCUCUUUGUUUUUGAUAUGACGAACCGGCGAUCCUUUGAGAACAUCUUUGAGUGGUACAAUGAAGUCACCAAUGUUAUGGAGAAGGUCGUUUUCCUCCUGGUGGGCCACAAAUGUGAUCUUCAGUCUAUCAACAGGGUAACCACAGAGGAAGCAGAAGGAAUGGCAACUUCUCUGGGCACACGUUUCAUUGAAGCAUCUGCCAAAAACAACAUCAACGUAGAUUUGGCCUUUGAAACCAUAGCCAGUGCCAUUUAUGAGAGUCUGAAAAACAAGGAGAUUGACCUGCAGGAAGGAUGGGAUGGCGUGAAAAUCAUUCAUAGGAGAACUAGCAGUAUUAAGAGGAAGACAAAGCCACCACAAGAAAAAUGUCAGUGCUAACAAAGUCAAAGAAUGGACAUGGUGGAAAGAUGGUGUUGGGUGGGUAUUGUGUCCUUUUGAGGAUAAAAUGAUAGAAUACUUCCAAGGCUCUGAGACACAAGCUAUAGAGAACCCAAUUAACGUGUUGACUCUGAUGCCAUCAUUUGCUCAUCACCAGAUUGACUCCUAAAAGGUUAGGCUAUGGAACCAGUACUCACCGUUUGGCUCUCAAAAAGUUUGGGGUUGUAACUCUUCAUGUCUUCUACCGUUGGUCCUGCUAGCUAAAGCUUCUGGGAGCUGGAGUCCAAAACUGGAGAAUCAAAAGCUGGAGAACAAAACCUUUUCCAAACAUUUAUGAAAAACAGGGUAGAAGAGAACUUGAGUAUUGUGCAGAUUGAAAAGUAUACUGCUGCAACAUGUAAACAACAUUGGUCUACUAAAAUGUAUUUGGACUAUUUAAGAUUUUACACCUAACAAGAGGGUAUAUUUCAGUUGUUUGGUAGAGAUGACAGGGCUAGGUUUGUUAAGUCAAGAGCUGAGAAAUAGACAGGGAGAAUAUUCAUAUGCUGUAGGCAGAAGGCAAAGAAGUGUUUUCAGACAUUCAUGAGCCCUAUCCAUUCCACUUCCUGAAUCAAGUAAAAAGAACAUAUUUUCUCCCAGAAAUAGGAGGUUUAAAUCAGUUUUGAAAAUGAAUGACUGCCAUUUCUCUUUUUAAAAUAAUAAUAAUUUACAGCAAUAAAUUAAUGGUUUUAAUAUUUUUCAUUUAUUUUGCCACAUUUUUAUGUUGAAUUAUUUCCAAAACAAUUUACUCAGAAUGUUGAGUGCAUUUCUUAAAUUCUUGGAAUAAAGCUGAAGCCACAAUUUGUUGUACGAAACUUAGUUGUUCAUGGGAAUUUGGAUUCACACUUCUAACAUUAGAAGGGCAAAAUACUAUCUUUUGGA